UCAUUCACACUUGACUUUUCUUACCAUAAACAUACUACCUACAUGCAUGUCUCAAACUAACUACUAUAAACAUAAACACACAUACAUCAUCCUUAAAAAAACAAAUGUCUUCUCACAGCAAGGAAAUGAGGCUGGUUCUAUCAGGUGAUGCAAAACCGAGACUGAGAUGGACUUGGGAGCUGCACCACCAGUUCUUAGCUGCUAUCGAGCAGCUCGGUGGCGUUGAGAAAGCCACUCCUAAGUCAUUGAUGAGGGUCAUGGGCGUCGAUGGCCUCACUUUGUACCAUCUCAAGAGCCAUUUGCAGAAAUAUAGGAUUGGAAGGAGCCACCAACAUAAGCAAGAAACUAAAUGUGAUGAGAAAAUGAGUCGUCACUCCACCAACAAGGCCACCUGCCACAGCGCUGCUAAACAAAAUUUGCAGAUGACGAGGGCUCUGCAAGUGCAAAUGGAGGUGCAGAGGAAACUACACGAACAAAUCGAGGUUCAGAAGCACCUGCAGCAAAGAGUGGAAGCUCAAGGCAAGUUCUUGCAAAGAGUGUUGAGAAAAGCUCAAGAAACAAUAUGCGAAUACGGUUCUUGCUCCGUUGAAGCAGAGAAUGCCAGAGCUCAGCUUGCUGAUCUGGUAUCAAUGGUGGACUCUUCCGAAAACGAUGCAAGAAACCAAGUGUUGGGACAUGGCGAAGAGGUGGAUGAGAGCUUUCUCAGUCUGUCUCUGCAUCCAGCAAGAGAGAGUGUGGAUGAGGAAUCCAAGUUGUUCAACUUGAACAGCUGAUUUAAGCAUAAGUACUGUGUUAGUAGUAUUUUGUUAGCCUAGUGUGGGAGCCAUUAAUUUCUAAUGUAUUAAAUGUUCCGUUUAGACUUUGGACUUGCGUGCAUGUGAUUUUGUUUCUUAUUUUAUUCACAUAUUUGGUUCUUUUAAUACAGAACAAAUGAAAGAAAUCAUCUUAUGAAUCG